AUCUCUCCACGAAGAGAGCAGUCGCCGUGCGCCCGCGCUGCAGCGCCAGCGCUUCUGUAUUGCCCAUUUAUAUUUUGCAAACUUGUUUAUUAUUAUUUCUGUGAUUGAUUGUAGUUGUGAAGUGAAUCGUAUAGUUAUGCAACUCAUUCUCAAUAUCCAGUAGAAGUCAGUAGGUACCUAACAUUCCUAACAAUAAAUGUGUGAAAGUUUUUGAUAGACUAUGUUCGUUAUGCGAUAUCCAUGUAAUAUGCAAAUUCACGAUUUCAUAAUAUCAACGUAGUAAAAUGUGACGAUAAUUACACAGUUUAUUAGACUGAAUCGCCAGUAAUAGUAGAAAACUUGUUAUGAGGGAGAGUUGGUUUUGGAUCAUUUAUCGAGUGUCAGUGAUUAAGAGGUGACAGUGGUGCUUAAUUGUACGAGGCGAUCAAAAGUUGCGUAGUGUCGUUCUGGAGCCGGAUGCCGAGGUGGACAAGUGUGUCGGUGUCCGCGUCCGUUGCGAUUUCUCCCGCGUCACGCACGUCCGCGCUGCUCGCAUACUCGGUUGCCUCUCGCCACUGCCGCUGAUGAUCCAAUUACUGAAUUACUGGAUUUGCAUGUGGAGGCAUUGUGGCGGUGCGGUGCACUAACAGAGCUAGUGAAAGUGAGCGUGAUGCGGGAGGCGCUCAGCUGAGCUGAGGUGACGUCGCGCGUGACGUCGCGGACAUGGGCCAUGUGGAGGAUCUGCGGCGUCAGUAAGGCCGAGCCCGCGCUGUUCGCUCGUAACCUAGACGAUGAUUAUCAGCCGACAUGGCGGUUGUGGGGCGAGGAGCGCGUCGACGGCGCCAUCUACACCGUCUACCUCAAGAAAGUCCGCUACCACCGACCUACACGGAGCGCUUCUAGUGAGUCAGAUGACGAGAUCUCCCACUUGGAAUGGGAGACGGUGCGCGUGCGCUUCGUGAAGGCGGGCACUGUCGAGCGGCUGGUGGAAGCGCUCGCUACCGACGAUGGCGAACUCGAGUCCACAUACGUUAAUGUUUUCCUAGCUACAUAUCGAUCUUUCGCGGAAUGUAGCAGAGUGCUGGACCUUCUCUUGCGACGAUACGAAGCGCUGGCUGCGGAGGAGGUGCACCCGACUGCAGUCGACACGUCGCAGCAACAUCGAAAGACUCUAGUUGCGUGUCUGCACGUGUGGCUGGACACGUACCCGGAAGACUUUCGUCAGCCUCCUCACCACCCCGCACUGCAACAGCUACUCGCCUUCACUCAGGUUCAUUUGCCAGGAACAGAACUACAUUCGAAGGUAUUGCAGAAGUUAGCUGUAUUCAGUGCAGAGCGCAAUGGGUGCGGGGUGGGCGGUGCGAUGUGCCUGGCGGCCGGUAUGCGCGUGCCGGCGCACCACACCAGCGCGUACCGGCUGCCGCACGUGCCGCACCGACACUUCGCCGAGCAGCUCACCCGCAUGGACAUGGAGCUCUUCAAGAAGCUCGUCCCGCACCAAUGCCUUGGCGCCGUCUGGUCUCGCAGAGACAAAGACCGCAAUCAUGACGCGGCUACCGUUUUGGCAACUGUAAACCAAUUUAAUGCCGUAUCGUUUAGAGUGAUAUCUACGGUUCUGGUUGAACCCAAUUUAAGGCCACUCGAACGAGCUGAAAUUUUAGCAGCAUGGCUCGAUAUUGCCCGAGAACUGAGGGUACUCAAAAACUUUUCUUCAUUGAAAGCGAUUAUCUCGGGGCUCCAGAGUAACCCUGUUUAUAGACUGAGAAAAACGUGGGCAUUACUAGCUAAAGAAAAAGCUGAAUUGUUCGAUGAACUUGCGCGUAUUUUUAGUGAGGACAAUAACCGAUGGGCUCAACGAGAGCUACUCAUGCGUGAGGGAACCGCUAAGUUCGCAGAUACAGUGGGCGAAAAUGAUCGCCAACUACAAAAACUAUUACACGAACGAGGCUCUCCUGGCGUCAGCCAUGGAACCAUUCCUUACCUUGGAACUUUCCUAACCGAUCUUACUAUGAUCGAUACCGCUAUUCCAGAUACGGUAGCCGAUGGGUUAAUAAAUUUCGAUAAGCGACGGAAAGAAUUCGAAGUCCUCGCGCAGAUUAAGUUACUACAGGGUGCUGCCAACGCCUAUCACUUGCCCUCUGACUCGAUGUUUGAUCGGUGGUUUGACUCGGUCAUUGUGCUGGAUGACCGGGAGUCAUAUCAACUGUCUUGUCAGAUCGAACCGCCUACGAAUCCACCAAAGGAGAGGCGACCAAAGAAAAUAAACGAAACAAAUAGCCAUGGCCACAGAAAGAAUGACUCGAUUGCUAGCACGAGCUCAAGUAACAGUUCGCAGUUCUAUUGUGAGACUGACGGCACGGGCACAGCGUGGAAGAGGGACAGCCUAGAGAGGAGGGUGUCACCGACGCGAUUAUCGCACGGUUCAUCAUCGUCGUCACUACCUUCCCUGGAUGUUUCGCUGUCGAGUGCCAAUAGCGGACAGAAGCCCGCCAACGGGAAGGUGGGAGGAGUCAGCCCUGCAGCGCCGGGCGUUCGCUCAGGCCCAGACUUCUAUAUAAUUCGCGUGACUUACGAGUCGGACUGCGCUGAGACCGAGGGCGUGGUACUGUACAAGUCCAUCAUGUUGUGCAACAAUGAGCGCACGCCUCAAGUUAUCCGUAACGCGAUGCUCAAGCUCAACCUCGAUGGUGAUCCUGAUGGAUAUACCUUAGCGCAGGUUCUUCCUGAAAAAGAGAUGCUGCUGCCUGCGAAUGCGAAUGUUUACUACGCGGUGAAUACCGCAUACAAUCUGAACUUCAUUCUGCGCCCGCGCAAGACGCAGCAGGUGGAGCCAGUGGUCAACGGGAAGUCGCGCGGGAAGCGUCCCUGAUCACAGACAGUGUCCAUUUGGUAGACAGCUAUUGUGCUUAAAGACUAUAUAAUCUGAGCGACGACAGUUUUGUGUUGUGGCGGACUCUAUAACGGUAGUGACAGACUUCAAGAAUCGCAUUUAUUGUUUCAACCUUUUCCAUAGACCUCCGAAAUUGGUUUCUUGUUGUUUUUAGAUGAAAAAGAAGAUUUUUUGUUAAUCACAUAUCAUAAAUCAAAACAAGGUUUAAGAAAAAUGCGAAUAACAUAAUUUACAUUUCAUAAUUUUAUCGUUGCCCAAUUUCGAAACAGCGAAAAAUGUAGUCUUGGAUUGUGUGCGCUGUUUCCUAUUUGGCUCUAUAAUAAACAGACUAUUCUAGAACUCAAUGCAAGGAUUUUGCACACAGCUUUACAAGUGGAAGUUCCUUAAGUUUAGCAACCGUGCCGAAACCAGACUUAUUACUUACCACUGUGUUCCCAUGUAUUCCUAGCGUGCAUUUCACGGUGUCUACGAUGUAUUAUUUGUACUGUACUCAUGUAAAUAACUUAAUAUAAUGCCACCUCUAGCAUAGAAUGUUUAUGUAUAUGUGAAUUGUCGUUUGUAUAUAAUGGUUUGUAAAUAAGAAUCUCAUGAAAUAAUAUUGUAGUAUAAUACUGAGCCAAAGGCAAUAUACGUCUAAUAGCAAGGUGCUGUACCAAUUUUGUAUAACGUUUUAGAAGCUUUAAUAGGAACAUGUUUUAUAAAUUGAAUUUCGUAUUGUAUUUCUAAUUGAUAGAGUUUAUGUGUUUCAAAGUAAAGAAGGGUAUAAAGCGGGAACAAGGUGACUCAAAUGAUGAUCACAAAAGCCAGUCGUUGUAAGUCAUGUUUUUGAUAUUAUAAAUAUACAUACAUUAGAAUGAUGAUGGAUAGGAAAAUUUCGUUUUGGACUGGGAACGAUCUAAAUAUAACUGUUUUUAUUUUAUUUCUUGACUUCUACCUGGUACGUUUGACCUGACAGAGACGUAUAUGUACUUAAAUGUUUACCCAUAAAACAAAUGUUUCAACAUAAAGUGGUCUUGUAGUUACACUAGAAGUAAAUGUCGCUUUAGAUAUGUGUUCAUUGUUGUGAAUGGUCUCCGAUCGACGGCCAUCUUACGAAGCCCAUUUUGCACACAAGUAAGUUAAUGAGUAGAUCGUAAGCUCUACGUACUUACAGCCAUACAUUAAAUGUACUGAUAUUUGAAAUAAAAUUUUAAUUAAAGACAAUAUUAUAUUAUCUAUGUAUUACUUCACCGUGGUAUUUUUAUUUAAUACCUAUGUACUGUACUAAUUCUUUUGACGUGCCCAUACGCAUACAAUAAAAGUAAGAUUCACGGUGUGCCUAAAAUAAAUUAUUAUUUAAAUUGUAUCGUUUGUAACGUAUGUAACUCGUAUUGUGUUAUCCUGCAUAAUAUAAUGUAUUUAUGUUACCUACUCUAUUGAAUUAAGCUCAGAAUGACAUUCAUUAAACUAUUGUUCUGUAAAUAUCUGUAUUAUCUAACUGAAGUGUAAUUUUUGUAGUUUUCCACCAGUGUCGCUGUAACAUGUUUAUAUUCGUAUAAUAAAAGUUAACGAAAUCUUU